AGUAACAGAAAGCCGAUCGUCGGGAGUUCGUGCGCCGCGGAUUCGGUGAAGCCGCCUCUAUUGAUCUGGCGACCGGCUGUAAGGAGAUCGGAGCUCGUCCUCGCUGCCAUGCCGCUUCCAGAGCCCAUGUUCUGCGCUCAGCAGAUUAACAUCCCUCCAGAACUUCCCGACCUGCUGAAGGAAUUCACCAAAGCCGCGAUCCGGACCCAGCCUCAGGACGUGCUGCAGUGGUCAGCAGCAUAUUUCAGCACUUUAUCCAAAGGAGAGCCCCUGCCUGUGAAAGAGAGGGUGGAGAUGCCGAUGGCCACCCAGAAGACGGACACUGGACUGACCCCCGGGCUGCUGAGGGUGCUGCACAGACAGCUGGCCGCCGGGGUCAUUGUCCCUGUGGAGGAGGUGGAGCAGAAGUGGAAGGAUCUGUGCCUACCACAAGCCCAGCUGCUUAGCAUCCUGCAGCUGGACCAUCAGGGCAGAGAAGUGGAGUGGAUGAAGUUCCUGGCCCUGGCCUGCAGUGCCCUGGGGGGCAGCAUCACCACAGCACUGAAGUAUGCAUGUGAGAUACUGACCGAGGACCCGGAGGGGGGCGCCGCACGCAUCCCCCUCCAGACAUUUGUAUUCCUCUACAAGUACCUGGCCCAGGUGGAUGGAGAUAUCUCAGACACCACCAUACAAGAAGUGCUCGGCGCCCUGCAGGAGGAGGCGGGCAAACAGGGCGGCAUGAUCCAGCCCAGGAACUUCCUCAGUCCUCAGUGUCCGCCUCUGUCCUAGAGAAGUGGGAAUGGUGGU